AUGAAGCGCAUUUCCCCGAAGAUCCGUCACUGGCAUAGGGAUGCAUACUGCGGUUCUAUAUUUCAGCACUACAUUUUGUUUGGGGCUCCUGCGCCUGAUCGGCCCACCCUUGAGCUGCUGCUGAGCUUUUUCGAUAGAGAUAAUAACACCUUUUGUAUACCUGAUUCAAAAAGUGGGGGUAUGAAAAAUGUUAGUUUUGAUUUGCAAUGGGUCCACAACCAUACUUAUUUCCCAAUUUAUGGGGAGGACAUAAGGAACAAUAGGGACUCAAGAAGCAGAAUAUGGCUGGGAUACUUCGCUAAGCUUUUCAUUUCUGAAGAGGGUAAGAAGUUAAAAAAAUCAGAAACCAGCCAACGUAAACAUCUUGAAGGGCUACUUGAACGGCUUGUUGAAUCUACCAAAAAGCGGGAUAUCGAGGAUUUUGCUCUGCUACAAAUUUUGUACCAAUGCUCUAUGAUAUGGAGUCCCAUAGCAGGGGAAGGUAUCCCUAGACCCUUACUCAGGUACCUGGAUAGCAUUCAGAGGGUCAAUUCUGUUGCAUGGGCCCCGUUCUUUUAUAAUGAAAUUAUCAGGGGCAUUGGAGUUGCUUUGGAGGGAAAGAAGAAGCAAAAGGUCGCAUAUGUCCCAGGUUGCAUGACACUAUUGUGUCUUUGGUACUACGAGAUGACAGGCAUAAAAAAAUAUGCCCUCUUAGACACCUCCAGACCUCCAAUGACAAAUUGGGCAUUAGGGGAGGAGAGAAUCGCAUCUAUGAGGAUGCCGACAAUUAUUUCAAAGGCUAAGUCAGCGUCAAUAACAUUUGUCCAUAGGCCUAUUGCGGAGGUCGCUUCUCCUGGUCAUGUUCAUCCACUUCCCGCUGAACAGAGGGAUGAAGUUCUUCAGCAAAAGCGUCAGGCAAAGAGAAAGGCUUUGCAGGAAGAAACUACUAAGAACUUCUCAAUAGGUUACGUAAGUAUCCUGUUAUGUUAAGUCGUACUCAUUUCACACUAACUGCAAAGAAUAUCCUAAUUAUGUUUAAUCCUACUUAAAAUUAUAAUCUUGUAUCAAUAACAGAUCAUGGCAAAGCAUAUUGACGUUGCUUUUGACGAUGAAGAGGAGAUCAAUGUUCUUCCCAUUGAGCAGCAACUCACA